AUGAUUCAUUCCGUUAUGCAAGGCAUUUGUCUUCUUUUGGUGUCACCGUCCUACCUCUUCUCCCACGCCUUGGAAGAUACGUCUGUGCCUCACUCUUUGGACCUCGUAAUUGGUAUUUUCCGUCAUGGUGAUCGGGCACCUUUGAGAUCGUUUCCUACUGACCGCAAUUGGAACAGCAAGUUCUGGAUACUCGGUUAUGGAGAACUGACUCAUCGGGGUAUAGGAACCAUGAGGAACGUCGGGAAAUAUUUAAAGGAACGAUAUAAAACAUAUUUGACGGGUGACCCCAAGGAAACAAACGUCAGAAGCAGCCCUAAGCCACGAUGCUUCAACAGCGCAUCGUUUCUUCUCUAUGACCUCUACCCGUCCAAACAACCCCGUCAAGUCGCUCUGGGCGAACAGUGGUUUCCCUUUCCCAUCACGAGAAUGCCGGAGGAUCACGAUAAGUAUACGUUAAUGUGCAAGCCCAAAAUUAAGAAGAUGGUAAUGAAGCUGCUGAAUCCGUUUGGUGGAUUGUCCGGCUUGGCCUGGUUUCUUAUUAGGGCUGCACCUAAGCUUGGACUUCGUUUACUGAGAGACGCUGCCAUUAUUCCGGACACACUUGACGCCCUACUGGUUCAAAAGGAGUACGGCUUAACUAUACCCAAGUGGUUUGAGAAACGACUCCUCCGUCUUUCCGACGUUUCCCGAAGGCUCUACGUUCUAAUUGCUGAAGAACUAAUGAUGAACUUGGGAGGGGAACUUCUCAGGGACAUUGCCACGCUUAUCGAGGAACGAUAUCAGCUUGCAGGAAACAAAACCGAAGAAGCCACCGCCAGUGCAGGACACAACCAUCAAAAGCGCCAUGCCAAACUCUUCCUUUAUUCUUAUCACGACCUGAAUAUAAUGGCAACUCUGAAGGCUCUCAACAAAGCGUUUUCCCAAAGACCAUACUAUGGCUCGUUAGUGUUCUUCGAGAAAUGGGACUGCACAGCCCAAGUUGUUUCCGGUAGAUGGCUGCCCUUCACCGUGCAGAGUAACACAUUUUAUCAAAUUGGUUCGAAAGAAGUUUCCUAG